AUGGAGGAUCACCAAAAGGGAAAGCAAGGCAAGGAGGAGAAGAACAAGGAGGAGGUUCGCUUCCGCGGUGUUCGAAGGAGGCCGUGGGGGAAGUACGCGGCGGAGAUAAGGGAUCCAUCCAAACAAGGAACAAGGAUAUGGCUAGGGACAUUUGACACAGCUGAAGAAGCAGCAAGAGCUUAUGAUAAGGCAGCUUUUAAUUUGAGGGGUCAUCUUGCAAUUUUGAAUUUUCCUAGCGAAUACUAUUCUAAAAUAAGAGGUUCACCACCAUAUCCACCUCAUUUGGCACCACCUUCCUACACCUCAUCUCAUCAUGCUAGUGGAAGUUCUUCCAGGCCAAUAUUUGAGUUUGAGUGUUUGGAUGAUAAGAUAUUGGAAGAACUUCUUGGGUCAGAAGAGAUGAAGAAGAAAAAGAAGGGAGAGUGA